AUGAAUUACAGUUUGAUGCGAGAGAACACUGUUCAUGCCGGAUUGUUGUUUGGAAGAUCUCUCUCCUAUGACAUCAGCUACCGCACACAUAUCCAAGACUUGAUCUUCGACCUUUAUCGAGACCAGCAAACCAACAAAAUCUACAUACCUAGGUUUUUCAAGGAGCUGAUAGAUGUUGGAAUACGAAAAGAUGAUCCAAGAUUAGAGGAGAUGAUAAAGCAGGUUCGAGAGGCAGAACAUGUGGACCAAGGCAUAUUCGACCAAGAGCACUUAUAUUUAGAUAAAGAAGCAUUCAACAAUGUAAAGUACAGUACACGAAUUACGGUUGAUUUUAGAUGUGCUGGCAGCAGUAUUGGUGUUAUUGGAAAAGCGUUGAAAAAACAAUUGGUUAUCCCGGACUGGUGUGCUGGCAGCAGUAUCGGUGUUAUUGGAAAAGCGUUGAAAAAGCAGUUGGUUAUCCCGGACUGGUCUUCAUUUACAGGGGUGAUGGGAGAGCUUUUUGAAGGAUGUCGGAAUUACAGAGGAGGACAGCCACAUACAUUCCGCAAUUGGCAAGAGCUGACCCGGAAUCCCACAUACAUUCCGCAACUGGCAAGAGCUGACCCGGAAUCGUUUGCUGUAUCUGUGUGCACUGUGGACGGGCAGCGGAAAAGCUGGGGAGACGCUUUAAAGCCAUUUUGCUUACAGUCGGUUUCGAAACCUUUCACUUAUGCGUUGGUACAUGACGAAAUAGGCCCGGAUGAGUUACACAACCAUGUGGGACAAGAGCCAAGUGGAAGACUAUUCAACGACAUAUCCCUCGAUCAUAACAAAAAACCUCAUAAUCCUUUAAUAAACGCUGGAGCUAUAGUCGUGGCAUCCUUGAUGAAACGACGUGCUUCGCUCUCCGACCGUUUUGACUUUGUGAGAUUCACAAGCGAUUCACCAAAUAAGAAGGUUCUGUGGGGUCGGUUACACACGCUGGAUUUAUACUUCCAACUCUGUUCAAUUGAAACGAAUUGUGAUACACUGGCUGUCAUGGCUGCAACAUUGGCGAACGGAGGGGUUAAUCCAAUGAAUGGUGAAAGAGUUAUCAAUAACAGGUGAUU